CAAGAAAGGGCGGCGGCAACAUGACGGCGGCCCACUGCUUGCCGGUGCCGCCUUCUCCGUCCGUAGACACGCCAAUUCUACCCACGUCUCCAUGCAACUCUUCCGAAAAGAGAAGUGUGGAUGCUGUGUCGUCCCGGGAUGCGAAGAAGCCCCGCUUGACCAAGAAGUGCGUGACUUUUGUCGAUGCACAGGUCGUGUGGUUCCAUAAAGAGCUGCCGCCGAUAACGCGUUUUGGGGGCUUGAAUAGACCGACAAGUCCCACACACAGCGAAAUGGAGCGAAAGAGCCGCGAGUUGGUCGACGAUGGCACCAUCUCGCUCACUCAAGUGCAUGCAUCGGAGCUGCGCGACAUGAUCCAACAUGUAAUGUGGGGCCUGGAUCUUCCAUGCAAAUGCGAUGACAUCGACACCCUUCGCAAACAAUUCAACUUCGCGAACGACCUCCAUCUAGAAACCAUGAUGGAAUUUGGUGACUUCGUCCCGGAUACACUUGCGCCUUCUUCGUCAAGAAGGUUGUUGUUGGCAUGCAAGGACAUGGUCGGCUUCCGAGGUAUGGGGUACACAUUCGGCCAUCGAUUCCUCACGAUCGACGAGUUCAUUGCAACAAUGGACGACAUUGAGCUUGUACGCGUGUUGCAACAUCAUCAAGUGCCUGUGCCUCCGUUUGUGAUCCCCAAGCAAGACGGCCGGCACUUUCCCACGUCGGUCUUGGUGUCGCGCCAUUACAUGUGUGGCGGGCGAACGUUGGAUCAACUCAACAUGGUCGAGUUGCGCCUCGAGUGCUCGAUUCGCAACGUGUUGGGAGCUGUCAUGUCUAAAAAGUACAAAAAGAAAGCACAACUCGUGCGAUUGCUCAAGCCGCUUUUUGAAGCAGAACACAUCACCAGGUGCGCAGAGAUGCAACAACGGGCGCAAAUGGAGCUUCUUGUCGCCAAUAUUUUACAACAAGCGGCUACGUCCAAAAUGCUGCUCAGUUUGGCCAAAGUACUCCGUCGGCGGAUCCACUCGCAUCUGUUGAAUUGGGCUGACGAGAAUGACGGGAAUAUGGAGGCAGCCCCGUCCAUGGAAAUACUCACCGAGUGGUUUGCAAAGCUGUUGCAGGGCGAUCCCAACACAAGAUGUCCUUGCAGCAACUCCCAAUGAUUGAGAAGUGUAAUGCAUGGCAGUUAGUGUGGCGCACACCAAAGGGUGUGAAGAUUCAAUAUAAGAUGAUUACGUGUUCCGAG